AUGUCUCUCGAAGGAAAGGUCGUUCUCAUCACAGGCGGGGCCAAGAACCUGGGUGCCGAAAUCGCCCUAUCCCUAGCAAGCAUUGGCGCUAGCCUCGCCCUCCACUACAACUCACCGUCCACAAAGGAAAGUGCCGACACUUUAGCAAAGACAAUCAGCCAAUCAUUCCCCAAGGUAAAAUUUUCGUUCUAUCAGGGUGAUCUCACCACCAAAGCAGCAGUCGACAAACUGUUUGAAGCUGUGCUCAAGGACUUCGGCAAGAUCGACAUUGUCAUCAACACAAUUGGAAAGGUUCUCAAGAAGCCCAUCGCUGAGAUCUCUGAGGCAGAGUAUGACACCAUCGUCAACUCCAAAUCGGCUUUCCUGAUUCUUCAAGCUGGCGCAAAGCAUGUCGAAGACGGCGGAAAGCUCAUCACUAUCGUCACUGCCCUCCUAGCGGCCUUCACCGGCUUCUAUACUUCAUAUGCCGGAUCUAAAGCUCCCGUUGAGCACUUUACCCGUGGCGUUGCCAAAGAGCUUAUGGGCCGCCGAAUCAGCGUCAAUGCUGUCGCGCCUGGACCGAUGGAUACGCCUUUCUUCUACCCGCAAGAGGCUGAUGAUGCUGUGGCUUUUCACAAGAGUCAAGCGCUGGAUGGUCGGCUGACGGAUGUUAAGGAUAUUGCUCCCCUCGUUAAAUUCCUUGUCACUGAGGGGGGAUGGAUUACGGGCCAGACCCUCUUCGCCAAUGGCGGCUAUACUACCCGUUGA